GAAGUCAAAAAUCGUUCCAUUUGUAGAUAAGGUCAUGGUGUCGGUUUUUUGGAACGCGCGUGGAAUAAUUUCUAUUAACUUCCUCGAAAAAGAAAAAACUCUCAACGAUAAGUGUUAUGCGAACUUAUUACAACGUUUGACCGCCAGAUUUAGCAUCCUCGGGUUAAUAGCAAUUUUGAGGAGCUUGACAAUUCUUCUCCUUCUUCUUCUCUGACAAAUAGCUAACUUGUAGCGUUUGCUCAACACAAUGGAACAAAAACAUCGUCGUGAAGUUGUUUGGGAUAAUGGGGAUUUAUUACUCCACAUCCGAAGCAAAAGAACAAUCAAAACAAUGGACUGAAAAGGCAGAACCGGCUCCAAAGAAGUCAAAAAUCGUUCCAUUUGUAGAUAAGGUCAUGGUGUCGGUUUUUUGGAACGCGCGUGGAAUAAUUUCUAUUAACUUCCUCGAAAAAGAAAAAACUCUCAACGAUAAGUGUUAUGCGAACUUAUUACAACGUUUGACCGCCAGAUUUAGCAUCCUCGGGUUAACAGCAAUUUUGAGGAGCUUCACAAUUCUUCUUCUUCUUCUCCUCUGACAAAUAGCUAGCUUGUAGCGUUUGCUCAACACAAUGGAACAAAAACAUCGUCAUGAAGUUGUUUGGGGUAAUGGGGAUUUAUUACUCCACAUCCGAAGCAAAAGAACAAUCAAAACAAUGGACUGAAAAGGCAGAACCGGCUCCAAAGAAGGCAAAAAUCGUUCCAUUUGUAGAUAAGGUCAUGGUGUCGGUUUUUUGGAACGCACGUGGGAUAAUUUCUAUUAACUUCCUCGAAAAAGAAAAAACUCUCAACGAUAAGUGUUAUGCGAACUUAUUACAACGUUUGACCGCCAGAUUUAGCAUCCUCGGGUUAACAGCAAUUUUGAGGAGCUUCACAAUUCUUCUUCUUCUUCUUCUCUGACAAAUAGCUAACUUGUAGCGUUUGCUCAACACAAUGGAACAAAAACAUCGUCGUGAAGUUGUUUGGGAUAAUGGGGAUUUAUUACUCCACAUCCGAAGCAAAAGAACAAUCAAAACAAUGGACUGAAAAGGCAGAACCGGCUCCAAAGAAGGCAAAAAUCGUUCCAUUUGUAGAUAAGGUCAUGGUGUCGGUUUUUUGGAACGCACGUGGGAUAAUUUCUAUUAACUUCCUCGAAAAAGAAAAAACUCUCAACGAUAAGUGUUAUGCGACAUAUUACAACGUUUGACCGCCAGAUUUAGCACCCUCGGGUUAAUAGCAAUUUUGAGGAGCUUGACAAUUCUUCUUCUCUGACAAAUAGCUAACUUGUAUCGUUUGCUCAACACAAUGGAACAAAAUGGGAAAAUGGGGAUUUAUUACUCCACAUCCGAAGCAAAAGAACAAUCAAAACAAUGGACUGAAAAGGCAGAACCGGCUCCAAAGAAGUCAAAAAUCGUUCCAUUUGUAGAUAAGGUCAUGGUGUCGGUUUUUUGGAACGCGCGUGGAAUAAUUUCUAUUAACUUCCUCGAAAAAGAAAAAACUCUCAACGAUAAGUGUUAUGCGAACUUAUUACAACGUUUGACCGCCAGAUUUAGCAUCCUCGGGUUAAUAGCAAUUUUGAGGAGCUUGACAAUUCUUAUUAUAAAAUGAGUAUCGAACUUAUUGAACAUCGCUGAGAAAAAUGUAAGGAGAUAAAAGGAGAUUACGUUGGAAAAUAAAUUUCUGAGUUUUCUUUCUCGGGCCACGGAGCUUCCUCAUAUAAAAUGAAGUUUGAAAAUAUAGUUUAAUAUCAAUAACUAACUUGUAAUUAAGUGAUUGUUUGAUACUUCUUUUUACAUCUUUGUUAUUUUUUAUUAUCGGUUACGUAGAAUUUGACACACCCUAUAAAAAUAGUCAUAGUGAAUAUAAUUGUGUUACUAUUUAAUAUAAUCAACAAUAUAUUCCAAAUUACAGACUCUUUGUAUAGUAAGAUACCAAAACAUCUAAUUAUACUGAAUAUAUAGACAAAGAUGUAUUUAUUUUUAAUUAUAGAUACCAGUAUAAAUAUCUACUUAUGCUAUAACCAGUAUUUUCAGUUUCAAUAAUUUUUUUUUCAUUUUUUUCAUUAAUUGUAUGGCUCUAUCAAAACAGAAAAAGCUUCAAAAUAAAAUUAUGCUUAUUUAUUAUAAUAGACAAGGAAUGAAUUUUGAUUUACAAAGAAAUGUAUUUAGAAGUAUUACAAGAUCGAAAGCAUGAUCUCAUCCGAAUAAAAAAUAAUCCGAGUGAGUUAAUAUGGCGAAUAUGACGCAUGAGGUAGCAAUUCAAACCUUGGGUUUAUGAAUUUUAGACAUUGCAAUAACGGAUGUGUGAGCUGGUGCAUUGUCAGAUGGAACGGUCUUUGCCUUCCUUGGAGCCGGCUCUCCACAUCUUUCUUGUGUCCAAAUUUUCAAUUAAUAUGCGAUGCUGCACUUCAAAAAUGCAGCAUCGCAUGUCUGCUAGCUGGCGCUAGCAUCCUGGACGGCUUGGUGGAUUUUCUUCGACAUUUCUGGAGUCGUCACCUCAUUUGGUCGACCACUGCGAUAACGAAGAAGCAAUCUCACCCAAAGUAGAAUCUAGUUCAGCUUUAAUAUUGGUUGGGCUUUCAAAUAAAACUAUUGUAUCAUACAAUUGUAUUUGUGUACUUUCUAAUACAGUGGUAUUUUUCAAGCAACUAUUGCCAUCUCUACAUCAGGCCAAGUACUUCCGGGACCGGUACUCCUCGUACCGUACCGAUUGAGUUUGAAUUAAUCCAUAAUGAUCGACUUUCCUAGGAUUAGCAAUUCUUGAAUGUGAGAUAAUAGGAAUAUGUAUUCCAACAUAUAUAUAAUGAUAUAUAUUUUAAAGUUUCAUACUUUAUAUAGAAAUUUUCAUUUUUCAUCCAAUUUGUUGAAAUAAGGUUGAAAUUAUCUUGAACCGGCACUGAAAUAUCCUCGAUUGCCACAGAUAUAUUUACAUACUGUUUGUUUAGUUACAAAUUAAAUCAAAAAAUUGAAUGUCCGAUACAUACACAGACAAAAAAUUUCGUUCCACGAAGGUUCCACUCAAUUUCAAACUGGUUUAAUUUUUUCAAUAAAAUGUAAAUAAAAGUUUACGUCACAUUGCGGACCAUACUCUUAUAUAAGAUUCUUUUCACUUGAGGUUGAUUGUAGAUCAAAAAGACAUCUCGAAAAAGAAACUUGUAUACUUAUUACAAAAUGAAUCGUUGGUGUAUAUCGGUAGCAUGUAUGGUAUUGGUAAUUGUAGCGGUGGUGCAUUGUUCUCCAAAGAGUUAUGAAGAGAAUUUGAAAACAAUCAAGAGAAUUGAUAUUGAUCAAGUGCUGGGCAAUGAAAGAAUUAUUAGAAACUACGUCGAUUGUAUCUUAGGAAAGAAACGUUGUACCAGUGAAGGGAAUGCUCUAAAAGAAAGCUGGAAAGAUGGUUUAGACAAAGGAUGUGAAGAUUGCGACGAAGAAGACAAGAGAAAGGUUAGGAAGAUCUUGAAACACAUGUACACAAAACACCGUGAUUUAUACGAUGAAUUAGCUGCCCAUCUGGACAAAGAUGGCAAAUACAGGGACAAAUACCAAGCUCAAAUUGAUGACAUUCUCAAGGAUCCCACGCUAUGAAGAGAAUGAGUAUUUUCAAAAAUAAAUCAGAUUAAUAAUCAAACUAUGUCAUAAAAAUUUUCUAUAAAUCCAAUAUUUGUUAUUGGUAUAUUUCGUAGAAAUUCAAAUUAAACUAGAAAACAGAAAUGUUUAAUUCAAGUUUUUCUAUUAAAAAUUGUUAUUUUCAAAUCAUUUGAAUAAAUUUAUUAUUAAAA